AUGACGGCGCUGGGCCUGGUGACGGAGGUGGCCGAGCAGGAGACGGCCAGCAGCUCGCCGUCCAGCGACAAGGAGAACAAGGGCGGUCAGGCGUCACCGGCGCCCAACGGCCGCUUCCCCAGCCUGCUGCCACUGCGCUACACCGUGCGGCUGGAGCAGUCGCGGCGCGUGGUGACCGGCUUGGCGCCGGCCGACCUCAGCCGGGCGGACCGCCUGCCCACACGGGACACGCUGCGCCUCUUCAUCCGCUCCAGCGCGCUGCGCCAGGGCAGCAGCCCCACGGCGCCCUGGGUCGUCUCGGCGCCGCUCUUCAUCAAGCACGGCCUCAAGAACAAGAUCGCCGCCAUCUUUCUGCCGUCCAUCGAGCGGAAGAACAGCUCCAACACUCCCCUGUCUCCCAAGAAGAGGAAGUUGGAGGGCCUCAAAGAGAAGCCCACCAAGAAGGCCAGGUCCGACAAACCUGCACGCAGCCCCAUGAAGGGGCCAUCGCCGGGCAAACCAAACGCCGCGGUUCUCACCCCUAAGAAGCCCGGUCCUCCAGACUCGGACAGCGACUGCGAGGUACUGGCCAACAUCGCCUCCUCUUCCAAAACCAAGAAUGUGCUGAAGGUGACGCUGUCGCCGAAGAAGAACGAGUGCCACUCGAAGCUGUCUGUCAUGUUGUCCCCGACCAAGAUAUCGGCGGCCGCCGCCGACGGCGACAGCGACGAUUCAGACGAUGUGAAGCUCAGCGUCCUGGCAAAGUCACCAAAGAAGCUGUCCUUUUGCGGCGGUGGGCAACCAGGCAAGAAGGCACUUUUUGGUAAGAAGACGGCCUCUUCUAAGCACUCCGCAAAAGGUGAUUCGAAGCAGAAUGAGAAACAAAAGAGGGGUAGAAAACCCAAAGACAAAGGGAAAGACCCGAAGCGGAUGGGGAAGCCGGGUACGUCAAAAUCCCAAAAGAAGGCGAUGAAGCAGGUCUCGCUGCUGGAGAUGGGAAAAAAGAAGCGAGGCCGUCCGAGGAAGACCGAGGAGAAGGACAUGAAACAAAUGUCGUUGUUUGACCUCAGCAAGAGGAAGCCGCCCAAGCCACUCAGCCUGCCGCCCUGUGUGCGCAAGCUGACGCGCGAGCUGGAGGCGGGCAAGCGCAUCAACAUCCACAACGCCUACCUGAACAUGUGCGUGAAGGUGCUACGUCGCGAGCAGUACGCGCUCAUCAAGCACGAACCGACGCGCGAGCUGAUCGAGCGCCGGCGCACCAAGGUCGACGAGCAGCGGCUGCUGUCGCGCAUGACGGCCGAGCAGAAAGACGAGUACAUGAAGCGCAAGAAGCUGGAGCUGGACGAGGAGCGGCGCGCCCGGCUCAAUGAGAAGCGCAUGCGGUUCGAGGACCAGACUCUGCAGCUGCAGCCGCUCCGGCUGUUCGGCGACGUCGCCAUGGUUACAGAGUUCGUGCGGGCGUACGGCGGCCUUCUGAUGCCGCAGGGCGUGCAGCCCCUGUCGAGCGAGCACCUGAUGCUGGCGCUGGCCGGCCGCCAGGCGCACCACAGGCUCUUGCUCGACGUCAUCACCAUGAUGCUCAAGGUGCUGGUCAACGACGAGAUCGCCGAGGUGAGUGGUCGGCCGCGCGACGGCCGGACGCGGAUCGGCGCCAGCGACGCGCCCGACCACGACAGCACCAUUGAGGACGAGCUGUCGGACGGCGUGCUGGCGCGACUCGAACAGUGCGAGCUGUUCGAGCUGACAACAGACGAGCGCGUGGAGGUGCUGCGCGUGCUCGUGCACCGGCUGCUCGGCACGUACUCUCUGGCCGAGUACCAGGACGAGGCGGACGAGCGGUUCCGCCGAGUAUGGACUCGCAAGCUGGCCAUCUACCGCGACCGCAAGGCUGAACGGCUGCGCGAGGGCGAGCAGGGCGAGGAGCUGACGCCUGGCGCCAAACGCAGCCGGCGCAACGUGGAGGCGGCGCGCCGGGAGCGCGAGCAGCGCGAGAAGGAGGCCCGCGAAAGGCGGCUGCAGGAGCUGGAGCGGCACCAGAAGGAGCAGGAUGAGGCGGCGGCGUUCCGCGAGUUCAGCCAGUACCGCGUGUCACCGCCGGCCGGGGCCGCCGCCUCUGAUGACGACGAUGACGAGCAGCCGCUGAAGGUGGUGCAGCGGCGCGCGGCGUCUGAACGGACCGUCCACGAGCGAGGCCGUGUCGUGCUGGUUAGCCACAAGCAGGCGACGACGCCGGCGGCGGGCGAGAACCGCUGGUUCUGCUACACGUCGCUGGUGCAGGUGGACCGGUUGGUGGCGGCGCUCGCUGAGAAGGGCGAGCGCGAGUCGGCGCUGCGCGGCGCGCUGGCCGGCAUUCGCGCUCAUCUCGUCAGCACGCUGCCGGCAUGUGAUUCAGUACCUGAGCAGAGUCUGCUGGUUGCGGCGUCCGAACAGGGGACUGCUGUGGCGGCGGCCACUCCUGCCAAACGCGCAACCGAAGGCACGGCCGACAACUCGGUGAAGCUCGAGCCUGAUGUGGUCGCUGCCGGAGAAAACAAGGCGAGCGCAGGCGUGGAGACCGACCCGGCCGUCCAGGCGGACGCAGGCGCCUUGACGGCCGGGAAUGGGGCCGACACGAGAGCCGAGUCCAAGGCGGACGACGAGACCAAGCCGUUCCUGCUCGGCACGCUGAAGGAGGACAUCCUGAGCAUCGAGGAGGAGCUGUCUGAGGGCUGGCUGGGCGCCGUGCCGGGGCCGGCCGACUGGGCCGCGCGCGUUCUCUCGGCCGACUCGCCCGCCCAGCUGGCCGACACGGUGCUCGAGUGUCAGCGUCACAUCGACCGACACGCGCUACAGGGCCUGAUGGCGCCGGGGCCGACCGGGGGCGGCGCCCCCUCGGCCAGCGAGAUACGCUGGCUGCAGGCCGUGCGCCAGUGCCACACCUUCUCGCGGCUGCACGUGCUGGUCGGGCUGCUCGACUCGUCCAUCAAGUGGGACCUCUCCACGGCCACUAAGGUCAGCCAGGGCUGCGGCGCAUCCAGCCGUCACCGUCUUGGGGAAGGGAACAGGGAACGGUGA